AUGGUGCAGAGGGGUUUCGAGGCGGACGCUGCCUUUGCCAACGAGAAGUUGAUCACCUUCAAAGUUGGUUACAAUGGCAAUGCCGUGUUCAUGGUUCCUGAAGGCCGCAUCCGUGCCUCGUCCGAGUUCGCCGACGCAGCUAUGAGAGGACCAUGA